GCCCCUCCCUUUCUCCACUUGAGAGGAGGCGGGGUUGGGGUGCAGGUGAGUCAGGUGUGUGGAGGGCAGGGCAGGGACUGUGCAGGCUCCUGGCCAGCAUGGUGACACAUCCCCUGUGUGCACUUGGACUCGGUUCUCGCCAGCCAUGGGAAUGGGACUCCAGCACUGAGGCACAAGCCUCCAAUCCCUGCUGAUUGCCUGGGGUGGGGGACAGAGUGCUCGGAGGAGGCAGCCAAGGCACUUCUCCAUCUUGCCCCCAUUAGUGCAGUGAUGUCCAGCCAGCCUUUGGAUAUCAGUGUCCCAAUGUCUUAACUCCAAGGCUCACUAGCUGUGUGACUCCAGGCAAGUCACUUCACCUCUCUUAGCCUCAGUUUCCUCAUCUGAAAAAUGGGGGCACUAAUAGCCACCUUUUAGGAUUAUUGUGUGGCUUAAAGGAGAUCAUGCAGGCACAAUGCCUAGUGCGAAGCCUGGCCCAGGGAGGGCCUCAGCAAAUGGCAAGCUUUUGAAUGAUCGGGGCACUGUCCUUUUUCUAUAUUCUGACCCUGAUACAGGCGUAGUCCCCAUUUUUGUCCCAAGCCCAUCCCUGACUCUUUCUCUGUGCUGGGGUGGAGUGGACGCUGUGGGAGGGAGCCGAGAGGAGGCUGCAGCACAGACCUCCCCACCAGGUUUCAGGAGCUCAUCCAGGCUGUGGGCCCUGAGAGAAGUGGGUCCAGUCUUGGGGAUGGGAGAGGAGGAGGCUACUUCACUCUCUCCCCUGUGCUUCCUUCCCAGGCCCUGGGGUGGCCAGAGCUGCCCUGACCUGGCCCAGGGCCAGGGCAGCACCAGCAGUGUCAGCCUCAAGGCCCAAGCCCAGAGCCGCUCAGACUGGGACCUUCGGGCAGGGAGCCGUGGUUCCUGGUUUUGGAAGCGACGACACAGCUCAGGGGGGCCCACUCAGCCCCUGGGGCGCCUACAGAGGCCAGCUGUGGGCAGCGCCUCCGAUCUGGCCAAGUAUGCCUCUGUGGGGCCAGAGAGCCUGGCACUGGCAGUGGCUUCAGCAGAGCCUGCUGGUGCCAGGUGUCCAUCAUGCCCGGUGCAAGCUCCUGGAUGUUUGGAACAGGGACUCCCAGGCUGCACUUGCCCGCAACCCUUGUAUAUAGCCCCAGAGGUCCCUCUGAGGCCUGAGCCACCCGGCAACCUGGAAGACGUGCUGCCCCGCCCAGCAUCCUUACCCAUGGCAGAGGGGGCAAAGGGCGAGUCUGCCACUCCAGGGCCAGCCCUGCCAGAGCCAGCCCAGGCCCUACACAAGCGUCCCUCUGCCAGGAAGACCCGCUACCACAUCACUGUCACCCUGCAGGGGUGUGGGCAGGCACCUGGGGAGGAGGGUGAGGAGCCCAAACCGGCCCAACCAGCUCCCCACCCCUGUGGCCCUGAGGAAUCCAGGGGCUGGCAGGAGCCUCCCCAGGGGCCCCGCCCCAUCACGGGGUGCCUGACCAACAGGCCCCAGGAGCUCCGGCUGAGAGCCCCACGGCAUCAGGGGAGCACGGACCAGCGGCAGGAGCUCCAGGCUGGCCAGACGCCUGGGUCCCCACACAGACAGGAGCUGGAUCACACUGAGCCAAGGACACCUCAGGACAGGUUGCCGGGGCCCAACAUGGAGGAGGCAGGUGGGCCCCCAGCUCGGGCUGAGGCCCGAGUGUUGAGUGCCACGCUGACAUGGCGGCAGCGGCCCCCUGCCCAGGAAGAGAUCAGACACCGUUUUCACAAGGUGUCCCUGGUGUCAGGGGCCCAGAUGGAAGCUCCCCGAGAGGAGAUGUUCGAGUACAGCUACCGUCGAGAGGAAGUCAAUGGCUUUGCUGCACGGGAAGAAGAGACUGUGAAUUGCCAGGGCCCCCGGGAUGGGGCUGGCUCCAAGAGCUUCCAGAGCCAUGGGCCCAUCUUUUCCAAGAAGUACACACCACCUCCCAAGGAGAAAAGGCCAGUAGGGAGGCUGAAGGAAGCUGUGGACCAGGUUGAUGGCAGCUCCCAAGACCCCAGGACUGAGCCACCAAAUCCGGGAGCUGUGGCCAGGACUGAGUAUUUGGUGCCUCUGCCUGGGCCCCGUGAGCCGAGCCCCCACCCAGGUGUGAGUCACAUCAGUGGGAGCCUCCGGAGCCUUGAGGAACGGCGGGUGACACGUACUGUGCGGACCACCAUGGUGAUGGGAGGGCAUGUGGACCGACGGGCGAACAGCUCUGUGACCGUGGGGCCAACACUUCCAGGCGAGGCCCUGCCAAGGGGACGCAAUGCUGCCCGCACGGUACGGGCAGUGGUGGUGAGGCCCCGGGCUGACGGCUCCCCCAGCCGCAGUCAGGCCCUGGAGCUGCUAAGUAGCCUCGUGCCUGCUGAGCGUAGCCCACCUACCGGCCAGCUUCCUAGGCCCAUGGCUGCUGUGCCAAGGAGUCCAGGUCUGGGUGGGUCAGAGGGGGAAGCCCUGGGGCAGCUACCUGAGACAGGGACAGCAGUGCCAAAAGACGGAUCUGCCCUGGCCCCUGCAGGCAUCUCAGAGGGUGUUCACCUACCUCAGAACCAGGAUGUCCCUGCAGCCCACCCAGACCAAGACCAGGUCAAAGCCCCAGACGCCAGGGCCCGUGAGUCCCCAAGGGUGCAGGGAGCCUCCAGCCGCACCCAGCUCCCUCUCCAGACCUCUCAGGGUCAUGCACCAGUACCCUCCUCUCCCAGACUCCAGACCCAGGCCCCCUCCCUGGGCCCAGUUCACCCCCCAGAGCAGCCUGUGGUGCCCACUCACCCCGAGGCCCAGCUCACUCUCAAGCCCAGGGGACCCCAGGCCCUGCCCUCUGUAAAAAUGGAAGGGCUCACAGAUUCCCCUGCUGCCACCGUCCUGCCCAUGGUGAGGAGCGAGGUUGUUACAGUCCCUGGACAACCUCUUGCUCCAUCCUCUACAAGAAGGAAGGCUUUCCCCAGCCCAAGAGGUCUGUCUGCUCCACCGUCCCCAAGAAAUAAGGUUGCUCAGGACUCUGAAAAUGUCCCUAUCUUCUCCCUUACCCAGAAAGAGGUAGUGCAGGGCCCUGGUAUUCCUGCUGAUCCAUCCCCCACCCAGAAAGAGGUUGUGCAGAGUCCUAGUGCUCCUGCUGCUUCAUCUCCCAAACCAACCAACGUUGUCCAGGGCCCAGAAGGCAGCCCUAGCACCCAAAAAGAGGUUGUCCAGGGUAUCGAAGGCAGCCUUGCCCCUUCCCUCACCAAAGAAGAGGCUGUUCAAGGCCUAGAUCCUCCUGCUAUCACAUCCCCACAAAAGGAUAAGUUUGUCCAGGGCUCUGAAGAGAGCCCCGUAUCAUCUCCCACCCAAAAAGAGGCUGUCCAGGGUAUUGAAGGCAACCUUGCCCCUUCCCUCACCAAGGAAGAGGCUGUUCAAGGCCUGGCUGCUCCUGCUGUCCCAUCCCCCCCGAAGGAUAAGCUUGUCCAGAGCUCUGAAGAGAGCCCCAUAUCAUGUCCCACCCAAAAAGAGGUUGUCCAGGGCCCUGGUGCUUCUGCUGCCCCAUUUUCCACCCAGAAAGUGGUUGUCCAGGGCCCUGCUGUUCUCCCUGCCUCCUCCUCAGUGGGCAAGGUGUGCCCCCACAGCCCAGGAGGCCCCCCUGUCCCAGUGCCGAUGGGAGCAGAGGCCAGCCUGGAGUCCCAGCUUGUCCCUGAGUCCACCGAGGGUAAGGCCCUCCCAGAGCCAUCGAGGGAGGAGGAAGAGGUGGCCCUGGCCACUGACCUAGAGAUUUUCCUGGAUACCCUGCGGAGCAUGGAGCCCCCCGAGAUCCUCCACACUCACCGGCUGCCACGAGCCCCUCGCUCCUCCUACCUGGCCAUGUAUGCCACACUGCCCCCCAUCGAGGAGGACCAUCCUGGGCCAUGGGUGCUGGGAUCUAGCCCCCAGGAGGGGCCCGCACUGGAAGAAGAGGAGGAGGAGGAGGAGGAAGAGGAGGAGGAGGAGGAGGAAGAGGAGGAACCAGAGAACCCCUACCUGAGCGAUGAUGAGAAGCUCCAGCGCAUGCAGGAGAAAGCCAGGCCCGGCCCCUCCUGGGACUCCCGCCACGCCAGGACCCCCCAGGCCUCUUGCUCUCCUCUGGAGAUGAUGAAGAAGCAUGUAGCAGGUGCCAAGGGCCCCCACCCAGAGCUGGGGCCAGAGUGGCAGGCAGGCGGCAGGCCCACUUCCCGUCUUGGAGGCAGCCUUCUCUUUGGUGGUCUGGUGCCUGCUACCAAGGAGGCCCCCACCUUGGAACCACUGGGCACAAAACUAUCUGCUUUGCCAUCCCAUGGGGCACCGGGGCUCAGGAAGGUGCCAGGACAGCUGCCUCUGCUCUGCAGCGAAAGGCCGCCGCCAGAGAAGCCCACAUUUGCCCGGCCACCGGAGGGGUGGAGCCCAGCAUUGAAGACCCAGGGCAAGCUGAACACCAGGCCUGGAAAGAUGAUCCUCUUCUCGGAGCCCAGCUGCCAAGGCAGCAGCAGGGAGGUUUGGGAAGACAUUGCUGAUGCUUCCAGCUGGGCCCCCGUGGCCUCCAUAAGGGUGGUGCGAGGCUGCUGGGUGCUGUACGAAGAGCCGGAGUUCCAGGGCCGGAAGCUGGUCCUGCCAGAAGGAGAUGUGGAACUAGGAACCCCGGGGUCAGCAUGGAGUACCCAAGGCAUCGGCUCCCUGAGGAGGGUUGUCCGGGACUACAUCACCCCACAGAUCUGCCUGUACUCCGAGGAGGGCCUCAAGGGAGAGGAAGUGAAGCUAACCGAGGCCUUGGAGGACCCCCAGGGCCUGAAGAAGCCCCUGCAGGUGGCAUCUGCCACUGUCUCCGCAGGACUGUGGCUGCUGUACCCCAAACCCUUCUUUGAAGACACUCCCUAUAUCCUGGAACCUGGACAGUACCCCACCUCAGAGGCCUGGGGUACAUCAGACCCCAGCGUGGGCUCCCUGAAGCCCAUAAGAUUGGGCUGCCCAAGUGUAGAGAAGCCAGGGGAGCCCAAGGCUGUGGUGUAUGAGGCCCCAGGGUUUCAGGGUCAGAGCUGGGAAGUGAGCCGAGACAUCUACAACCUUCAGCAGCCAGAGGACAGCCAGAGUCCCCAGUUGCCCUCUGUGGGGUCCCUGCGAGUUCUUGGGGGCUGCUGGGUGGGCUACGAGAAGGAGGGCUUCAGGGGCCACCAGUAUCUGCUGGAGGAGGGGGAAUAUGCUGAUUGGUCACAAUGGGGAGGCUAUGACGAGGCGCUGACCUCCCUGCGGGUCAUCCGGACGGACUUCGGGGACCCGGCCGUGGUGCUGUUUGAGGCCAUGGACUUCGAGGGGCACAGCGUGGAGGUGAGCGAGGCAUUGCCGGACGUGGAGCGGGCGCAACACGGCCCCCACACGCAAGCUAUCCACGUGCUCAGCGGCGUGUGGGUGGCCUAUGAGGAGGUGGGCUUCUCCGGCGAGCAGUACGUGCUGGAGAAAGGCGUGUACCGCAACUGCGACGACUGGGGUGCGGGCAACAGCGCCCUCGCCUCGCUGCAGCCGGUGCUGCAGGUCGGGGAACACAACCUGCACUUUGUCUCAAAGAUUCAGCUUUUCUCCGGACCCAAUUUCCUGGGCGACCAAAUCUCCUUUGAGGAUGACCAGACGUCUCUGCCCACCUCCUUCCAGCCCCAGUCGUGCCGCGUCCACGGCAGCAGCUGGAUCCUGUUUGAUGAGAAGAACUUUGACGGUGACCAGCACAUUCUCUCCGAGGGCGAGUUCCCCACUCUCACGGCCAUGGGCUGCCAAGCCUCCGCAGUCCUGGGCUCUCUCCAAAAGGUACCCCUGCACUUUUCGGAGCCCUCCAUCUUCCUGUAUGGACUGGAGUGCUUUGAGGGGAAGGAGAUGGAACUCAGCCGGGAGGUGCGGAGCCUGCAGGCCGAGGGCUUCAACAACCACGUGCUGUCCGUGCGGAUCAAGGGGGGCGUCUGGGUGCUUUGUGAGCACAGCGACUUCCGGGGCCGCCAGUGGCUGGUGAGCAGCUGCGAGAUCACCAACUGGCUGACCUACAGUGGGACCCAGAGGGUGGGUUCCCUCUACCCCAUCAAGCAGCGCCGGGCAUAUUUCCGCCUCUGGAAUGCGGCCCUGGGGGGAUUCCUGGCAGUGCCAGACCACGUGGAGGACAUGAAGGCGGGCCGCGUGGUGGUCUCCAAGCCCCAGGCCGGAGGCAGCUGCAUCUGGUACUACGAGGAUGGGCUGCUGAAGAACCAGGUGGCCCCCACCAUGAGCCUGCAGGUGAUUGGGCCCCCCAGCCCAGGUUCCAAGGUGGUGCUGUGGGCUGAGAGCCGCCUGCCCCGCCAGACAUGGAGCAUCAGUGAAUCGGGCCACAUCUGCAGCCAGAUGUUCGACGGCCAGAUCCUAGAUGUGAAGGGUGGCUGGGGCUACGACAGGGACCACGUGGUGCUGUGGGAGCUGGCCAAUGACAGGGAGUCCCAGAUCUGGACGGUCCAUGUGCUUUGAAGCCCCACCCUUCCCCCCAGCCCUGGAGCCGUUCUCUGGGAUGACAUUUUUAUAGGUUUUUUUGUUGUAACAUAAGCUGUUUUCUAAUAUGC